AUGAGCUCCGCGCAAGGGGUCGGUCCCCACAGCCCAAACAGCUAUCAAAAUGGCUACUCAAACCCAUCGGUGCUACCGAUGAUACCGAAGAAGAAGGAAGCGCCUGAUGUCAUGAUAGCUAUGGACAAUACACGGCCAACGUCACAUACGCAUAGAAGUGUGGAUACGACCGGACAAGUACAACCGGCGGGCAUGAAGCCUCGAGUGACAGCGACGUUGUGGGAAGAUGAAGGCAGUCUGUGCUUCCAGGUUGAAGCCAGGGGCAUCUGCGUAGCAAGAAGGGAAGACAAUCAUAUGAUCAAUGGCACUAAGUUGCUCAACGUUGCCGGCAUGACCCGAGGUAGGCGAGACGGUGUAUUGAAAUCAGAGAAGGUGAAACACGUCGUCAAAACUGGUCCGAUGCACCUCAAGGGCGUUUGGGUUCCAUUUGAGAAAGCUCUGGAGUUUGCCAACAAGGAAAGAAUCACCGAGAUGCUUUACCCCCUAUUUGUGCACAACAUUGGUGCUCUUCUAUAUCAUCCAACAAACCAAACAAGGACGAAUCAGGUGUGGGCUGCGGUCGAGCGACGCAAGGCAGAGCAGAAUCGGUUGAUUGAUCAUCUUGGACAACAGGACUCCUUAUAUGCCUGGUCGGAAUCUAGUCGCCACCCCACCUUUCCAACACCACCAGCCAGCAACAGAUCAAGCAUGAUAUCGGGCGGUCAUCAAUGGAACCUGGGGGGAUCGACUGAGGCGUAUGGGGCCGCUGUUAAUCUCUAUAAAGAGGAGAGACCAGAAACACACACAGCGACCCCUCGGGGGUCAUUGGGCAGCAUACAACACUACCCACGGAACCUCGAAGUUACGCAGUCUGAUGAACGGUCGUUGGGGUCCGCAAACGAGUCAGGUGUGGAAGUACCUCCGCCAGAAUCUAGCAAUCACGACCGUUUACGCUCCAAACAUGGCAAAGUUGGGUCAACAAUAUCGCUGCAAGCACCCCCUAUGUCUGAUCAUAAUAAAGCAAGCUCACAGGCCAUAUCAAGCCCUGUCAAGUGGGACUUAGGUGAUGGAUACCGAGAAGAGGCUGAGCACACCGAUUCGGUUCGCGAAGGGACUACAGAAUCCGAGCCUUCCAUAACGGCAAUCCUGGAUGUUGAAAGUAGCAAUUCUCACCCCAAAGAGGAGGGACAUGAAACUUAUUUUGGUCGCAACUCUAAAUCUGAUGGAAUGAACCUCUAUAAUUUUGAAGGAAGCCUUCCUGGAACCAGAGGAAAGAGAGAACGUCUCUGCGUACCGAAUGCUAGCUUGUCCCCGAGCCAGACUUCGCCUCAAAGCGACAGCGAAAGUUCUUCAGACAGCGAGCCUACGCUGCUUACCAGACAUGACCGCAAGCAUUUACUUGUCGAACGGCUGAUGAGAUACUUUUUUGAGCUGUUCUCUUCUUGCCGGUCUCCAACUCUCAUUACUACAACACCAGGCUCUGGUAGUGCAGGCCACACUGGUGUGACCAGGAACCCCGAAAGCUCGGAGAGCACAGCAGAUGGCAUUGCCAGUCGCAGCAAGGCCCCAGAUCGCUCCCAAGAAGGAGCUGGAAAGCGGGCCUGUGACGACGAUGAUGACGAUAGAGACGAAAGUCGGCCUGCUAAACGCCUACGAGUACUGGGUAGUAGACAUACUGCACCCAAAAGACUGGCAUGUCCAUAUUUCAAGAACGACCCUGAGCAUUUCUUACUGGCGAGGUCGUGUUCAGGGCCAGGCUGGGAUACCGUACACCGAAUAAAAGAACACCUCGAUCGAAACCAUGCCCUUCCUCCUAGCUGUGUCCGUUGCUACACAGCUUUCAAAACAGAUGCAGAUCGUGAUGCCCAUAUGAGGUCAGAAGAACAAUGCAUGAUCAAAGAGCGGCCAGCUCGUAUGCACGGCUUCGACCCCUCUCAGAAGGACAAGCUGAAAAGUCGUCCUAAAGGUUAUAAACAAAUGAGCGAGGCACAGAAAUGGUGCCACGUCUAUAAGAUUCUGUUCCCUGAAACGGAAGUAGCGGAAAUCCCCAGCCCAUACUACGAGUUCAGGAGUCUUCGAGAUCCCGGUCAUCCUGUUGAUCCAAUGGUUGGAUAUGAGAGUUUCCUGCGCCGUGAAAUGCCCAACCGUGUCAGACAUCAGCUAGAGCUUCGAAUUGAAGAUGCCUUGAACCCGAUUGAGGAAACACUCCGGGGUCAGAUUGUUGAAAUAGUUCGCGAUGUCCAGCUUGAGCUAUUUCAGUCAUUUAGGGCUUCGAUCGGUAGGGCACCCUUAAGUGGUCGCCACGAACAAGAGGCUGCGGUUGUUGAAGCGAAUACUCCCGCGGAGCAAAUCCGAGAUAGAGACGGUGGAAAUCAUGGUGCCCUCGAGACUACAUCCAGACCGGCUGAGGGAGAUAUGCCACAUCAGUUCUUUCCUGGGCAAUCGGCUUGGGAGGAGCAGAUGCAGGCUUAUCAACCAGUGCCGCCCCUUGAUAUUCCUUCCAUGGACUUUGAUGGCGAGCUAUUCGAUUUUAGCUCCCUAUUGAAUCUACCCGCGCCCCAAGACUCGACCUACGGAACAUUGUCCAUGUCGCGGACAGAAACCGAUAAAGAUCAUUUCUUUUAA